UGCAGUUCCAUUCCUAUUCUAAACCCACGCAAUCAAAUCCGGCUUUACCAGUUUCCCACUCCCAUUUUUCUCUUCAGCUUUGACUUACUUCUUCCAAGUUUCUUCAAUCCGUCUGUUCCAGUUGCAGUUCAAAUUGGGUUUGGCUCCUUUUCCCCUUAGGUUUAGAGAUGGGGGCAGAGCACCGCCAAGCUCCUAUUGAAAAUGAUAAUUCAGCAAGAACUUCAGCUCCACCGGGUUUUGCAUGCCUUUCAGCCUUCUUCUUGAAGAAGGCUGAUCACUGUGAUGAAAAAUUGAACUUGGAAGCCUCAAAGGAUUCGUCCACACAAGAUAAGGUGCAGGCCGCCAUUGAUGCCAAAAAGUUGAAGAAAUCUGUUCGGAAUAGACCAUGGAUACUUAAUGAAAAGAUUGAUCACAUUGCAAAUGAAUAUCCGUCUGUACAACCUUAUAAGGCAACAAGAAGGCAGUGUCCUGGAGAUGCUAAAGGAGAUGUCCUUGAGGAGGUGCCUGUUUUUCGACCAUCUGAAGAGGAAUUCACUGACAAGCUAAAGUACAUUGAGGACAUACGUCCUCUAGCUGAGCCGUAUGGACUUUGUCGUAUUAUUCCUCCUCCUUCAUGGCAACCACCAUGCCUAAUUAAGGAAAAGAGCAUUUGGGAAGAUUCUAAGUUUGUUACCCAGAUUCAACAGUUUGACAAGUUUCCAGAUCAUUCUGAAAAGGAUGAAGAACCUGGUCCAGAAUUCACUCUUAAAAGAUUUGAAAAACAUGCAGAUGAUUUCACACAGUACUAUUUCACAUCCAAACAUAUGGGUGUCAGUAAACACGUUAAUUACAAACAGGGAGAUCCAUCAGUGGAGAGCAUUGAGUGUGAAUAUAGAAAGAUUGUUGAAAAUCCCACUGGAAGGUUAGAGGUGCUAUAUGUUGAUUUGGAUAUGGCAACUUUUGGCAGUGGAUUUCCAACAGUAUCAAAGCCCGGAGAAUCAUGUAACCCUAGCUACAUUCAGUCAGACUGGAACUUAAAUAAUGUACCUACACUUCUUGGUUCUCUUCUUUCUUUUGAAAGUGACAAGAAUUCGGGUGUGUUAGCACCUCGGCUACGUGUAGGAAUGUGCUUUUCAUCACUUUCUUGGAGGGUUGAAGAACACCAUUUAAACUCAAUAUGUUACAUGCAUGUGGGUUCUCCAAAAAUUUGGUAUUCUGUCCCUGGGAGAUAUUCCUUCAAGUUUGAGACGCUUAUGAAGAAGUACACUCCAGAUUUUCUAAGCAAACAGUUUAAGCAGUGUGAAGGAGUGAUAACAAAACUUUCUCCCUUCUUUCUGAAGUCUGAGGGUGUACCUGUCUACCGUUGUAUUCAAUAUCCCAUGGAGUUUGUUCUGGUUUUCCCAGGAGCCUAUCAUUCAACAUUUGAUUGUGGGUUUAAUGUUGCUGAGAUGGUAAAUUUUGCUCCUCUUGAUUGGUUACCUCAUGGGCAGAAUGCUGUAGCACUCUAUCAAUCACAGGGAAGGAAGCCAUCAAUUUCCUUCGAUAAAUUGUUGAUUGAAGCAGCAAGAGAAGCGGUGAAAGCACAAUGGGAACUCUCUCUGUUAAAAAAGAAUACCAUUGACAAUUUAAGGUGGAAAGGUUAUUGCGGAAAGAAUGGGAUCUUAGCUGAAACACUGAAGUCACGUGUCAAGCAGGAAGGUAUGAGAAGGGAAUACCUCUGUGGCUCCUUUCAGACAAAGAGGAAGGAUAAAAACUUUAGUUCUACUGGAAAAAAGGAAUGUAGCAUAUGUUACUUUGAUUUGUUCCUCUCAGCAGUGCACUGUCCAUGUUCUGCCGUUAGAUAUUCAUGUUUAAAUCAUGCAAAGCGGCUUUGUUCUUGCACAUGGACAGAAAAGGUUUUCCUCUACCGGUAUGAAAUCAGUGAAUUAAAUAUUCUUGUUGAAGCAGUAGAAGGGAAAUUCAGUGCAGCGUAUACAUGGGCUAGAGAGGACCUUAAUUUGGGUCUUCUCAACUACACACCCAAGGAGAACUCAUUCACAGAAGAUAAAGGACAAAAAGAGCAGAAGCUACAAGAUGCAGGAACGUCACACGGCAAUGGUUGGACUGCUGCUGCUUCUAUAAAAGCAGAAAUAAAGGCCCGUAUACAGCGAUCACAACACCCGAAUGGACAGAAAUCAAAAGAGACAGCUGUAUCAACUCCGCCACUUCCUAGCAUCACUCAAGACGACACAUCUUUGUUACUUAGAGAGGUGAUGCCCGAAGCUUCCUCGUCAAGUAACAGCGUGUCGAGUUCCUCGGAAUCUGAUGACACAUUGGACCUUGACCUUAUUGGAGGAGAAGGAUGCCUCUUAUCUACGUUAAGUUCAAGGCCUUCUGCUAGUCAGUAUGCAAGAGAAAUCACAUUAUCUUCCCAAAGGAGAAGUGAAAGUGAAGUCACAUCAUCUAAACUGAGGAGGCCUCCUAAAAGAGAAGGCAGAUUAUCUGAGCUUUUAAAAGAUAAGCGUGGAACAGCGGAACAUCUAAAAUCGACUUCUGAAAAACUACCUAAGAGCCAUCCAGUUUCUAAAAGACGAAAAACCUCAACUUAAGACUCUACAACUAGCACAGGCCUCGAUGAUUUUCAACUAUGCAGCUGCAUUUGUUCAUAGUCGAAUUUUGGUUGAGAUAGUCAAUUACCUUUUGUUAUAUGCUGUUUGUGUUGCCUCUACUGAACUUUUACCUGGUAGUGAAAAAAAGAGAGACAGAAAACAUAUUGUUCGAGGGAUAGAGAAACUUUUACCUUCUGUAAUGUUUUUAGUAGGACAGAGACUAUGAGAGAAAAAGACGAGGUUAUUUGACUUCGGUUUUU